GGUCGAUGGAAACAAGGCUAUAUGGCUAUGGCAGCAAUUGGUGCAACAAAUAUCGGUUCCAUUGAGCUUUUCAUCGAGCCAACUCUGAAGACAAAUAAACCCCAAAAGAAACUGAUUCAUUCAUUGCCGCCAGAUGAACGAUUAUAUGAACCUGAAGGCACAGGAGUGCCACUAAGGAAAGGAGAUGAGGUAGCUGCUUUUAACAUGGGAUCAACCGUGGUGUUGGUCUUCCAAGCUCCUAUUUCCCAAUCUGGUAUCGUCAAAGAAAGCUCGUCCGACUUCAGAUUUUGUAUCAAGAGAGGCGAUAGAAUCCGUAUGGGAGAACCACUGGGUAGGUGGAAUCAAUCUUAAAGGCUGGGAGGCAACUGUCUUGAACAUUCAUCUAAAGCGUUAGGUUUUUUGUUCGUUCAUCCGUCCCAGGAUUGAAUGUUCAGUUCUUUCAACCUAGAUUGGAAUAUCUUGGUUAGGGAAAGAAAAACUGAUUUUUUCAACGGUAGUUUUUAAUAUAACAGUUAUUUAUAUUGGCACUUAUACUUUCAAGUAUCAAACGAAUAAGAAGGUUGGGUGAUCAAAUGGCAGCAUUGUGCAUUUAUCUUUGGGUCGCCUAAUAGUCACAAAUAGUACUACUAAACAAUCUCAAAGAAUCAACACACAUGCGCGAGCAUGGUUUAGCGCAGCCAGUCUUGGAUAUGACAAAGGCCAGCUAGAAGCAUCAGACAUAUCUCCUUGUAGACACUCCACAUUUCCUUCAAAACUGAGUUGUAUAUUAGGUAAUGAUCGCAUGAACAGCUGAAGAUGAUGCAAGCACCUUGAGUGCAGAAACAUCAAUGGAGAAGCCAAAAAACAAUAGUGACAUUCCAACACAGAUUAAGCAGAAAAUAAAGGAUGUAUUGUACAACUUUACAAGUCAUUAAAAUGAAAACAAGGCAGUUUAAAUUGUAGCCAAACUUCAAACUUAACCUAUGGAAAAAGAAUAUACAAACAAAUUGGACCAUCCAAGAUGAAGUUUGUAUCACAGAUUCACACUGAUGUCAUACCAGAUAAAAAGGUACACAAGAUCUUGUAUGACCAGGAGAGGAUUGAAUAUUAAGAAUGUCAACUCAAACCUAAGGAACUGGUUUCAAACAUGAAAAGUUAAGAGAAUAUACAUCACAUAAUAGCCACCAUAAAAAUAUAAACCACCAACCUCAAAAAUUGAACUGAACCUACAACUUUACAAUGGCCAGGAAAUAGACUACCUCUAUUAUUCUAGUUAAUUGCAAUAUACUCAGUAUAACUUACUCAAGUUAUGAAUUUACGCUGUGCUUCCCAAUGCAUCAUUAGUCUCAUAAGACACUGAAAGAUGUUUUAACCAAGAAGAGUGAUUCUGUUACAAAAUUUCAUGAACGCAUUUUUUGUUGCAGACAUCAGUUGAAGGGAGACUAAACUGCAUCCAAACAUUGAUAUAGAAGUUAUACUAUCACGGCAAUUAACCUAUAUGUCGUGACCAUUCCAUUUCUACUCUGAAUGAAUGAUAAACCCAGAUAAAGCAACAUUACAUAGAUACAAAAAU